CUGCUGGUUUUUAGCUUGGGACCGCCUAAGCUCCUCCGCGAGCAGUUUAGGAUGCACCCUGAAGUGGCGGCAUUCUCAAGCCAGCACUUCUAUGACCAUCAGCUUACCAGUCACCCAAGCUGGAAGUCAAAGUUUUGGCCCCCUCUAAUGUUGCCGCAUAUCUUCGCAGAUCGAGUUGAUAGAUUUUAUGCAGGGGCCACCCGAGAGGCUUUCGACAAGGGUUGUGACAGCUACUAUAAUGUACAGGAGGCGGACGCAGUUAUCCAGACAGUUGACUCCCUGCUCGCCACGGGUGCUGAUGACUCCGAUAUCGGAGUGGUGACGCCCUACGCAGCGCAGAGAACUUAUCUGAGGCGCCAGUUGCAUCUCAUUCCUACUAAUAUUGUCGAUGGUGCCUACGCUGACAGUGAUCAUCGCAAGUGCAGAGAGCUUGGUCCUAACACAAGUAUCCCUGACCCCAUUGUAGAUUCAGUUGACGCCUUCCAAGGCAGUGAACGAUCCUGGAUCGUAUUCUCGGCGGUUCGAAGUAACCCUGAGUACUCGGUAGGCUUCCUGAAUGACUAUCGUCGUGUGAAUGUGAUGCUCACUAGAGCUCGAUAUGGAGUCAUAGUCGUAGGAGAUCGAAGCACUCUGCAGGUUUCAGAGCCUUGGAGGGCAUGGCUCAGCUGGGUAUACGACAAUGGCACGGUC